UGAACUAUAGAUUUGUAAUGCCGGCAAUGAAUAUCGAAACGCAUCCAGAGUGUGCGAUUGGCCAUUUGGACGAUGAAAGCGCCAUCGUUGUUUAACUGCCGGAACUGCCGGUUGCGUGAAAGUAAACCAAAUGCAGGUGACGGCUGUGUGAGAUCAUUGAAUGCACGGAUAGUCGUUUCGGUCUUUGCACAAUUUUCAAAGGUAAUUACCACAAAAAUGUCGAAGAAACCAGGAGCUACCCAAGCAAUGCAUAAAGUCAUCAUGGUUGGGAGUGGAGGUGUUGGAAAAUCUGCUCUCACAUUACAGUUUAUGUAUGAUGAGUUUGUUGAAGAUUAUGAACCUACAAAAGCAGAUUCCUACAGAAAAAAAGUAGUAUUAGACGGACAAGAGGUACAAAUAGACAUUUUGGAUACUGCUGGACAAGAAGACUAUGCAGCAAUUCGAGACAAUUAUUUUCGCAGUGGGGAAGGAUUUCUCUGUGUAUUCUCGAUAACAGAAGAUGAUAGCUUUCAGGCUACACAAGAAUUCAGAGAACAAAUUCUCAGGGUAAAAAAUGAUGAGAACAUUCCAUUUUUAUUAGUGGGAAAUAAAAGUGAUUUGCAAGAAAAAAGGAAGGUUAGUUUAGCCGAAGCUCAAGCAAGGUCUCAGCAAUGGGGUGUUCCUUAUGUGGAGACAAGCGCUAAAACAAAAGAAAAUGUCGAUAAGGUAUUCUUUGAUUUAAUGCGAGCAAUAGCUGCUCGUAAGGCACAGGAAAAUCAGGGAGAUGGAAGCGAACGUGACAAGCCAACAAAAUGCUGCGUCUUGCUAUAACAACAAACAUAAAACAGUGCAUAAUUUGUAUUAUGAAAGCUACAAUCUCUAUAAUUGGAAUCGUAUAUAAGAGAACUGUAUUUAUAUAAAAUGAAAGUUUUCUGACACUUUACAGUGAAUUGACAGUCUUUAAUCUUUGCUGUUUACUGUAUAUGUAACAUACGUGAACACGGAAUAUAUUCAAACUUGAGACACA